AGCUCACUCCUGUUUUUUUGUGGUCCAGAGCUGAAGCACGCUGCACCUCCCCAUUUCGCCUUUAAUAAACAUGGCUGAACUGAAGACAAACGUUGAAUUAGAGGACUGAGCCCGUCUGCAGCAGCACCACAGGACUCACACACACUCAAACUGUUGAAUCAAGCAAGAAGACUGAACAUGACGUGAAUGUUUAGAGUGGGGAAACUAGCAGCAAAAGUUUGAGUUUGACAGCCGCUAACGAAGAGACUUAAGCGGGACAGACCAGAUCCAGCUGAGAUACUACUGCAUGCAUACAUACCAGAGACUAAAAACUACUUUUGAAUUUAUGGAAAUUAUGCAUUUAAAUGCAUCGUCUACUGAAGAAACCCUGGCUUUGAAGGUCUGAAGUAACCAAAAACAAUUUGGCUUACAUUUUUAACAGUUUUAAGACGCUUUUAUAUGGAUUUACAGUUCGCAUUUUUGUCAAAUCGUCCCGUUUAAAUGAUGUUCUCCGGUAAACAAACGAAGCCUACUUUUAAGUCUUAUCUUCCUCCACUUCAGACGGAUUCAAAUAAAAGUCCUCAACUGCCCAUCAAGAAACUAGAAGCAAAACUUCUACCAGGUGAAAUAGUUGUGAAUGAGGCAAACUUUGUAAAGAAAUGCAUCAGCACAGAAAGUUGUCAGGAUGACCUCUGGGGGAAACUUGUCUGUACCAACUUCAAGGUUUCCUUCAUUACCCACAAUUCCUUGCCACGACAGAAAUUCCAGUGCACCCACCGCCUCUUGGGCGAGCAUGAUAUCCCGCUGGCUUGCGUGGAGCAGGUAGUAACAGUGAAUGAAGUUAAGGGGAAGCAGAAGAUUUUAGGAUCCAAUCAGAAGCUGAAAUUUAACCCUACUGAGCUUAUCCUCUACUGCAAAGACUUCCGCAUCAUCCGAUUCCGCUUUGAUGAAGCUGGACCCGAGAGUGUUAAAAAGGUUUGUCUGGCCAUUGCUCAUUACUCCCAUCCUGCUGACCCUCAGCUACUCUUUGGCUUUGAAUACGUCGGAAAGCGAUACCAUGGAUCAACGGGUGAGACGGUGAAUGGUGUUGACCCUGGCGGUGGGUUGCAGACGCCCCUGUUCGACUGCUCCUCAGACUGGGACAGAGAAAUCAAGCGUACCGGCGCCUCUGAAUGGAGGGUGUGUACCAUAAAUCAAGGCUAUUUCAUCUCGCCCAGUCUCCCAGAGUUCUUUGUGGUUCCAGUAUCUCUAGCAGAUCAGGAUCUGAAGCAGUAUGCCUGCUGCUUUUACUCCCAGCGCAUCCCGUUAUGGUGCUGGAAUCACUCCAGUGGGAGCGCUCUGGUCCGCAUGUCUAACAUCAGUGACCCACUGCAGCAAAGGAAGGUGGAGCAGCGGAUUUCCAGUGCCAUCAUUAAGAGUCACCCCCUGCGCAGUGAUGUCUUCAAGUCGGAUUUGGACAAAAACCUCCCAAACAUCCAGGAUAUUCAGGCUGCUCUUCUGAAACUGAGGCAGAUCUGUGUUAUAGAGCCCUUUGAGGAAUCUGAAGAAAAGUGGCUGUCAUCUUUAGAGAGCUCAAGAUGGAUGGAGUAUGUCAGGACAUUUCUGCGGCAUGCAGUAGACGUAGUCUAUAUGCUGGAAAGCAGACACGUGUCUGUCAUACUCCUUGAGAAGGAGGAUCGGGACCUGAGUUGUGUGAUUUCCUGUCUGGUGCAGCUGAUGUGUGAUCCUCACUGCAGGAGUCUGCAUGGCUUCCAGGGUCUGAUUCAGAAAGAAUGGGUGAUGGCUGGGCAUCGGUUCCUGGACCGCUGCAACCAUCUGAAGAAGAGUGAUAAAGAGGAGUCUCCUCUGUUCCUGCUGUUUCUGGACUGUGUGUGGCAGCUGUGGAAUCAGUACCCAGCAGCCUUUGAGUUCACUGAGGUGUACCUGACAGUGCUGGGGGACAGCAUGUGGGUCCCUGUCUUCAGCACCUUCCUCUUCAACUGCCCCCGACAAAGAGCAGAGCACAGCAGGGAUUUUGCGAGCAGUAAGAGUAUUCACCUGGGGCAGGACCAGGCUCUGCGCUUUCCUCCGGUGUGGGACUGGUCCCAGCAAUUUAGUCUUAAAGACCAGACUCUCUUUAAUAAUCCCCUGUACGUGGGCAAGAUUGCUACCUGUGUGCAAAACGGCACAGUGAAGACAUUCACACACAGGCGCAGCAAGAAAAACUACAGUUCCACUUUGCGGGGUGUGCCCUCUGCCCUGCGAAACGGAUCGCUUGGACCGAACGACACCCUGUCACGCCGGAACUCCCUCAUACUGCGUCUCCGUUCUGAUUUGUCUCAGGUGCGGGAGCAGCAGGAAACCCCCUCGGAGCGCUUCAUUCGGGACUGGUUCUCUCGUCCUAUCGACCUGCAAGGCCUGCUGCUGCCCCAGCUCCUUCCAUCUCACCUCUCUGUCUGGAAGCUCUACUUCCUCCGCUGGGUUCCCGAGGCACAGAUCCCGCAGGGUGGCCCCAUCACCGCCUUCCACAAGCUCUCAGUGCUCACAGAUGAGAUUGAAAUGCUCCAGAACCAGUUGAGGCAGUACAAAGGAGCAGGCUGUACUCCCAACAACCAACACAUGGAGCACAGCAAAAUGUACUUUAAAGUGACUUUGACUCCUCACCAGUCCCCUGCUCCUCCAGAGUACCUCAGCUCCUCGUUCCCCUUCUCUCCUGUGGGUAACCUGUGCCGCCCCGGCAUCACGGGGACUCCUCUUAGCAAGUUCCUCAGUGGAGCCAAGAUCUGGCUCUCUACGGAGACACUGGCUAAUGAGACAAUUUGAGGGCAGACUGCUGGGAUAGGACCUGUGAGGUCAGAUGAACAUGAAGAUCUAAGGCUUGAAGAUCUGCUCUCUUGCGUUUAGUUCUCAUUUUGAAUGUGCAGGCUUGUGGUCCCGACCGUUACCUGGACAUUUUUAUUCUGUCUGUUGAGAGUUGUCAGUCAGUGAGGGUUUUUUUGCACAUGAUUAAAUAUAAAGCUCCAAUCGCACAUCUUUCUGACGUAGGAUUGUUUGGAUCUGUUCUACACUGCCUGUAUGGACUUUUCUCCUUGUGUUAAACUUAAAAUACUUGGUGGAUUUUUGUGUGGAGCUUGUGGCAUUAGUAGAAAGGAAGUAGAACUUGUAACACUUUAUAUUAAGGUUAAAUUUGUUAAUGUUAGUUAAUGCAGUAGGCGUCAUGAACUAACAAUAAACAAUUUUAUAGCAUACAUUAAAGGUUCAUAUGAACAUAUAUACUACAAAAGUUUGGGGUUGAGUGUUUGAUCGAAAAUACUAUGAAAUAUUAUAACAAUUUGAAAUAACUGUUUUAAUGUAUUUUAAAAUAUUAUUUAUUCCUGUGAUGGCAAAACUCCAUUUUUAGCAGCCAUUACUCCAGUCUUCAGUGUCACAUGAUCCUUCAGAAAUCAUUCUAAUACAUGAUUUCUGAAGUAUAAAUUUCCUUUAAAAAAAUCUUACUGACCCCAAACUAUUGUUUGCUAAUUUAUGUAUUCAUAAUACAUUAGUGAAUGUUAAUUUAUACUUCAAAAAUGUGUUAGUACAGUAUGGGCUGGUUUCACAGACAGGGCUUAGAUUAAGCCAGGAUUAGGCCUUUUCAAUUAGGACAUUUAAGUAGUUUUUAUAAACUUUCCUUAGACAAAAAGAAAAAAAACAAACAAGCAAAAAAAACGUUACUGGUGUGCAUCUUGAGACACAACAACAAUGGCUCAGUGCCAUUGUUUUGUCUCAAGUUGCUUGCAGUUAAAACAGCUCAAACAUGUAUUUUAGUCUGGGGCUAAGGGUAAGGCUCAUCUAUGAAACCAGGCGUACAAGUAAAAUUAACCAAUAUUAAUAAAUGCUGGGUCUCAAUACCUAUUACAUUUAACAAUGUUAACGAAUUGAACCUUAUUAUAGUGUUAUCGUAGAAUUAUAACUUAAAUUUAUGGUAUAAAAUGUACAUAUAUUUUAUCUUUUAAUCAUAAAAUAGUUUAAGAUUUCUUGAAACCUUCUGGUAAGGUCUAACUUUAGUUAGCUUUAUUAAAAUCAGUAACCAAAAUUGUGAAACUUGAUAUAGGAAUUGACAGGGUUUAUUAGCAUAAACCCUAAUAGCAGGCAAUAACUGUGCACAUAUUGGUGUUUGUCAGGCUGGCUGGAUCCCGGUCUGUCAGACCCUGCGCUUUCUGAAGCCCAGCGUGGCUGUUUAAAAGUGACUGACAGCUGCUCGAGCCAAUCAGCUGGUUGAUUUGACACGCAGUCAAGCAGUCAGUGUCUUAAACAGCAUGUGAGUGUCAGAUAAGACAUUAUAAUUUGAGAAAGUUGUGCUAUUGCACCUGUGAACUUUUGCUUAACGUUGGUCUUUGUUUGAUAUGUAGCCUCUUUAAUUUUAGAUUUUUCUUUUAAUUAUGGUUGGGGACUUUUUUUUUGUAAAAGGUUUUCAACUUAUAUUCUUUUUUUUGCUAGAACUGGUACUUACCCUUUUCCCCCUGAUACCCUUUAACUAAUCUGAAGUAAUGCACAGUAUGUGUGUAGUUUACCACUAAUGCUGUCAAGAGUAUGAAAACUGUUUGCUUUAAUGUUACUGUUUGAUUUGUCAAACAGCACUGAUAUUUAUUCAGUAAUGCAAAGAAACUGAAACAGGGAUAUUGUACAAAUCCUCUGUGCCUUGUUGUGGGCCCUGAAUUGCAGUGUACCUGCUCAUUUUUCUUUUUCUCUGGAUAUUAAAAAAUGCUUCAAAAUACAUCACAUUCAGGAGUUUCCUCUGGCGUGUAAGUGGAACAACACUGACUAAUUCCAAAGCUUUGUGUGGAAGUUGUUCAAAUAUUAGUGGUUGGUCAGUUUUGUCUGUGUGGGGGCUAAAUAAAGGUUUGUAAUUUUAGUUUUUGUUUGUGAGCUCAGGGGAGCCUUGUUUUGAGGCAAUAUGCAAAAUUUGGCUCUUCAGAUUUUCAUGCAAAUAAAAAGAGUUGCCACAUUUGA